CUGAAUGCAACCAGAUAUUAUCCUUGUUUAACAUUCGAUUAGCAAUAAAGAUGAAAUGAUACAUGUUCCUUUUUUUGUAUUAUUAAGUUUACAUUUCGUGCGCAUCUGACUGCACAGCAUGUGUAUGUGUGGUCACCAAAUAUUCAAACGUGACCACUGCGCAUACUCAGUUUGUUGCAUCACGUUGGUAUGACAGAUUUCUUAACCUCGAAAUUGACUAACGAUUAAUAUCUCGGUUCGCGGGGCAGAACGACACUUUUUUUCUGCCAGAUUCUUUCGUUUCAUGCAAAAACGCGUCGAAUGAGCUUAAUUUCAUCAAAAUCGGAGAUGGGAGAUUAAACUAAACAUUUACCUUAAUACAGCCAGUUUAGUCAAAAAGAACAGGUCUAUCAUCAUCACUGACAGCACAUUUUGACAGUCAGGUAUAGAUGGCAUGAUUAGUCUAUCAGCUGAUGUAUGUUGUAUACAUUUGUAGCGACAAUCAAAUAUUAGUUGCUGCGAAUAGUGUAAUUUGAAAGGUUACGAUUUAUACAUUUAAAAAAAUUGUAAGACAUAAUUAAAUCCUAGAAAAGAAAGAAAAUAACUAAGACUGAAAAAAUGUUUAGUACCAAGUCCUUUGACGUUGUGAGUUUCAAUUCGGAAUUGUCUACUGCAAGAUUAGAAACGUCUGCAAAUGUUCAAACAACGGAAAUAGUCUACACAAAUGACGAUACACAAACUACAGAAACACGGAGUAUCGGGAUCCAAACAGUGAACGGACAAAAAACAGAUGUACAAGUGGAUUAUGAUAAAUUGGCGGAGUUUUUAAAAAGAGUCACGCCAGGAAUUCUGGAAGCUCUCGAUGAAGCUUACGCUACUAAUGCCUUUGACGAGUAUGAUCCAAAUGUCACAGAGGUCUCGAUCGGCACCGUAGAAUUAUUGAAAAAAAUAAGCGUAUUGAGAGAGACAGAUACUCAGAUUAAAGUGAGUGAUUUAUCAUGGAGCACCGUCGGCGGAACAUUAGCGAUAGGCCUCGGUCAUACUUAUCACGAGACGUGGUGCGAUCAUCUUUCCACAAUUCAGUUGUACAAUAUUACUAUGGAAGAUAACGUCACGGAUAUGCCUACUAAAACAUUAGAAACGAAUGGAUGUGUCACAACGCUAUCUUAUCAUCCAACAGAACCAGCUAUCCUCGCGGCCGGAUUGUCCAAUUGGGAUGUGUUGGUCUGGAAUCUUAGGAACGAUGAUUCCGUCAUACCCAUGCACGUGUGCACGCACAGCGAUUGCGUGUCUCAAGUAUUUUGGAGACCGAGAUCUGUGAACGACGUAGCCCUGCUACUUAGCUCCAGCAGAGAUGGAUAUAUACUAAUUCACAAAUUGACGACAAAUUUUACGAGCGUUCAGCUGCACAAACGAUUCAAGAUAGUCAAGGAACGUAAUCCGGUGGAAAGUGCUAGACCACGAAGCGCCGGGGGUACGCGUGAGCGCGCUGCAGAGGCGGGAUUGUGUAUCACGAGUUUUGAUUUUUCACCAAGGCAUCCCAGUAUAUUUGUUGUUGGAACGUUAUGUGGUGGAAUCUAUAAAUGCAGCCUGGAUAGCGUAACUCCUAUUGAAGGAGACGCUACGCUUGUAGAUCCCGUAAUCGAUGAAUAUGAGAGGCACGGAGGUAGCAUUACCUGUAUCAAAUGUUCGCCGUUACGCAAUCUGUUUGUCAGCAGUGCCACGGAUAAGGAAAUCCGUAUAUACAACCUUGACGAGCAUGUCAGUCAGCAAAUUAUUUCCGUGGACAAUACAAUUGUGGGAUUAACGUGGAUGAUCGGCAAUCAAGACAUAUUCACAACUUAUGGAGCAGGCGCGUCUGUAAAGUUUUACAACGUUAAGGAUGGUAAACCUGUGACGUGUACAAAAUUCGAGGUGACUGGCAAAGAAAGUAUUAGCAGCUUACGCAUAAAUUCAAAAAGAGAUCUGCUGGCUGUUGGAGAUGUUCGUGCGAAUGUUGAAAUAUGGAAAUUUCCACGUCACUU